AUGCAUCGGAGAGCUAAAAGGUCAUCCCGAUCACAAAGACGAUGUUUUCCGACACCACCACACCCCGAGGAUCCCGAGCAAGUCUAUAUCUCUGCCGAGGGAAUACAUCUCUACCAGCCCGAUACCGGCUUCGUUCUGUAUGCCAUCAACAGCGGCUCCCGCAAUUCCGGGGACACGCACAACUUCAGAGGCAAGCUGGCCUUCCGCGGCUGGUCAUACAACUAUGGCGCUCAAUUCCAGCUGUCUCUCUGCCAGGGCAAGACCCGGAUCCGCUCCAACAAGGGGGGAUACCUUGUGGCGGUGAUGGGUCUGGCGGAUUGCCUGGAGGGAGAAUGCCUCGACCAUGCCAUGCGGAGUGCGUGUGAGACGUGCGAGUAG